UUUCGACGUGGCUAAAAAAAUUGCAGUAGAGAGUAUCAGUUUUGUCGAACGAAGAAAUUUUAAUAACGAUUAUUAAAUGGCUGAUCUUUUCAGCCAGCUGUUUAUUACCUAGCGCGAUGUAGGUAUUUCCCGGACUGCAGCGAUUUCUGCUAUGAAUGUACGGCCGCAUUACGGCAAAUGAUCCUGUGUCCUAAUCCUUCAUACCCCUGACAAUAAGCAUAAGCUGAUAUUGGAAGCCACUCAGUUGUCGCACCUUCGGCUCUGUAAAAGUAAUUUGGCACAGUGGGACUCUAUCCUGCGAAUUCCCAAAUGCCAAUGGCCCUUACACCUGAGCUGGACCAUGUUGUGUGCAACUACUCGGAAUCUAACGGCCAGCUGAGUCCCACGAAGCUGAAUGGCCACGCAUCGCCAUUCAGUUUUCAGGAGAAAUGGGGUCUGCCAGUGGAGGACGUCUACAAGUUGGCGCUCAGAUUCUAUAAGGAAAAAGACGGCAAGGCUCCGUUGCAUAUAUCGUACGCCGAUAAAAUGCGCCUGGUAGCCUAUACGAAGCAGAUUACACACGGACCCUUCCAGACGUCGCUCGUGCCCGAAGUCGGUUUCCUCGACGUUAUUGGCAAUGAUAGGAGGCGCGCCUGGUCGAGCUUGGGUGAAAUGAGCAAAGAAGAAGCCAUGUUGCGUUUCGUGGAUCUUCUUGAUUUGCUUUGUCCCCUUUUCAAGCCCUACAUCGAGGCGCACAAGCGUGACAGGGAGGAUCUGGAGAAAAAACAACUGGGAAACGGGACUGAAAGUAUCGGGCCUGAGGAAGGUGAUUCGAGCAGGGAUGAUGAGCGCAGUGUGUCGGGAAUGACCAGUGCUGCUCCUCAGUUCCACUUAACACCUGAACACGAGCAAGAGAUCCGGAACGCUCUAAACGCUCAAACCUUACAACAGUUCAAAGCCUUCUGUGAGCAGCAGUUACCGGGAAAAGUGGAAGAGCAAAAGGUGUUAAUAGCAAAGCUGCAAGAAGAACAUUUCCGUCAGUACGUGAGACACUGGAUGGAGUACCAAGUGAACAAUCCUGAACCUGUGCAAAAUGGCGAAGCCUAUAACAACGCCGAUGAACAGGAUUCCAAAAGAGGCGAUGUUGCCUCCGAUGAAGAGAAUGAGGAGGUUAUGACAUCGCAUGCGCCUACCAUAGGCGGCGUUAUUCAGACGGCAUCGGUGUGGACGCGUAAGGAUCUCAAAGAGUUUAAGGAUUCCGUUAAGAAAGAAGGUGGCGAGGGGAUACUGAAGAUCGGGCAAGGUGAAACUGUGACGAUUCGUGUCCCGACCCAUCCAGAAGGGAACUAUUUAUUUUGGGAAUUCGCCACCGAUAGUUAUGAUCUGGGCUUUGGAUUAUAUUUUGAAUGGAGCAACAACACCAACGACAACCGAGUUACCAUCCACGUGUCGGAGACGGAUGAAGACGACGAAGACAUCGAUGGUGAAGGCGCGCCAAGCAGUCCGAAUGAUCCAGAAAAGGGUGGUCCCAAUGGAGGCCAGACUGGCCCACCGGUGGAUGAGAUUUUGCCGGUGUAUCGUCGCGAUUGCCAUGAAGAGGUUAUCGCCGGUAGUCAUUUGUAUCCGGCUCGCCAGGGCGUUUAUCUGUUAAAGUUCGACAAUUCUUUCUCAUUGUGGCGAUCAAAAACCUUAUACUAUCGUGUGUAUUAUACCCGAUGAACAGCCUGUCAGUCCCAUUUCGAAAUCACUCGAGCCGUUCACAAUUUUAUCAUGUAUUGGUUGGUUUUAUUCCCAGUGCGUUGCGUCAUAAUACUUGUGAUGAAAAAUAUUCGGGAUUUGACCGGUUCUAUUAUUUUUUCUUAAUUGUUCUGAGUUUUUUAUUCCGACGUCUGCAAUGCUUCGGCGAUUACAUUUAUUGCACAAUUACCUUUUCUAGCCCUUGUUUCCGGAAUUACAGCUGUUUUUGUAUCGUGUCUCGUAGUUAUACUCAAAGCGUUGGCUGCUAUGUAUCUAUUUUUUCCCCGAAGUCCAUGCAAAAAACGUUGUCACUGAGUAAAUGAAAGUCUGACAAAAUAAAAAUCAGGUUACUAUCAACAGCGC